AUGGCUCCCAUCAGCAUUAUAUCUCGUCUUAGGAGUCUUUACUCCAAACAACAAGACGAGCCUUCUUUGUCGGAGUUCACUGUCGUCAUCUUCUCUAUUAUUCUUACAUCUCUUUACGUGGUGCCACUCUAUCUGUCGCCGACGUCGCGACCAUCUCCAAGUCUGAGCCGCGAUGCCCCGUCUGUUAUUCGCACGCGCAUCCGCGUCGUUACUAGCGCUUGCAUCCUGGCUUCGAUCGCCGUUCUCUGGCUUGUUGUCGUCCAGGGAAACUCUUCGGUCACAGUGGCCUUAACCUUGUUGGGCUGGUGGCCUAUUAACAUUGCAGAUAUCGCGCGCAGCUUGUUACUGACAGCUAUCCUCUUUACGGGCCCGCUCUUUGAGCGCGGUAUCGUCGAGGGUGAAUGGCGCUCAUGGUUUCGGCGAAGUAAACUUUCUGAAAGCCUGAGUGGCUGGAUCGGAUGGAGGAAUUAUGUCGCUGGUCCAGUCACUGAGGAAGUCAUCUUCCGCUCUACCGUCAUCCCGCUGCAUCUGCUAGCUCAAAUCUCUCCUAGUCGUAUUGUGUUCAUUACACCAUUUUACUUUGGUAUUGCGCACUUGCAUCACUUCUACGAGUUCCGCCUCACUCACCCAGACACGCCUACUUUAGCUGCCCUGGCACGCUCCAUCUUCCAGUUCGGGUAUACCACCAUCUUCGGCUGGUAUGCUGCGUUCGUCUACCUCCGAACAGGAUCCCUAUUCGCUGUCAUUCUGAUUCAUAGUUUCUGCAACUGGUGCGGCUUGCCUCGAUUCUGGGGCCGGGUCGAGCCUUGCGACUCUCUGGUACCAGUUUUGGUCCGGGGUAAAGAGGACCAGGAUCCAGUUUUCGCUCAUGUGCAAUCUACCCAGGACUUGAGUAUCGGCUGGACUGUUGCGUACUACGUGCUCCUUGUGUCUGGGGCCGUAGCUUUUGCGUGGCUUUUGUGGCCGUUGACUGAAUCUUACAGCGCCUUGGUCCCAUUCUUUACUCCCUCUUCUUCCUAA